AUAUUUAUAUAUAUAUAUAUAUGUGACGGGGGGCGAGCCGGAUGUUGUAGUCACAUCAUAUGCUGGCAUCCUACUUUCUAUUCCAGAUAUAGCUAAGGAUGAAGUGAAACAGCAGCUGCUCCAACAGGGCAUGCUGAAAUCAGCAGGUCCACCUAUGAGUGCAUCUAAGAGUUUUAAAAGAGCUGGCCAAGGAGCAAUCUGGACCAACUGACUUUCAGCACAUCUACAAAUACUAGAGAAGCUGCAGAGCCCUGAAGGAAAGUCAGCGCUGUUGCAGUGUCUGAAAAGAGUUAAGUUGAUGCCUGGACUGAAGAUCCCGGUCUGUCUCUCAGGCCUCUGGUAGGAUCUUGGGAGGAUCCUGGAACAGCUGAUAGGGGACUUGAUUAAUGUGCAAUUAAAGAGGGUAAUGCAAUCAAUGAUAAAGAGCAUGAGUUGAUGCCUUGUCUGGCGGACAGCACAGGUGAGGAGGAUUGAGGAAAGAGCGCUGACACGAUGUCUUGAGCCUUUGAUUAGAGGGUUUGACCUGGUACCACGUGGCUUUUUGUUAUGGUGGCAUAGAUGUAAUGGUUUAGCAGCCAGCUAACUGAUUGCUAGAGAACAGAAAGUGAUGGGGAGAGUGGGAUCCACCCACCCCAGAAGAUUUAACCCUUUGGGUCUCACUGGUGUGCCAGCAUCUGCACAGCUGUGCCAGGAUUUAACCCAGGCUCCACGUCGCGGGCAGAUGAGAUAUGGGACUGGGACCUGCACGGCUCUGUGGGGGUGCCUAGAGGAGCAGCCACGGGGUCAGGAGAGCCCUUCGGGGGUAUUGGGGCCGGGGGGCUGGGCGUGCACCCGGCUGGGCGUCCACGCUCCGGGCAACAGGCCUCCAGGGCUGGGUGCAAAGUGUCUCUGUCAGGCCUUUCCGUUGUGCCCGGGGCACACAAUGGAAAUGCUGGGCUCAGCGGCUGUGCCGGGGCCCUGGGCCAGGCUUCCAGCUCACUGCCCGUAUUGGGAGAUGUGAUGACUGGGAGCUUCGGGGCAGACACUGAUGAGCUAGCACUUCCUUUGUGCGCCAGCCCGGGGCCCGGCCUUGCCAGGCUAUAAAGUGGGGCCCGCGCGGCACCCCCAAACACAAGCCUGCUCCCUCCACCCGACGCAGCAGCUGCCCAGCCCGGAGCCACCCCCGCCAUGUCCGACACCACCAAACCCGCUGCACCCAGCCAGGCAGUCGAUGACAAGGACAAGGGGGUGCCGGCCCCGGCGCCCGUCGCAGACCCCAUCCCCGUGUCCAACAGCAAAGGAGAAGACUCUGCACUGGAAGGCUUCAGGAUUGUCGUCUUCGAGCAAGAGAACUUCCAGGGCAAGAAGAUGGAAUUCACGGCCGAGUGCCUGAACCUGGGCGAGCGCGGGUUCGACCGGGUGCGCAGCGUCAUCAUCAACUCUGGACCCUGGGUGGCCUUCGAACAAGCCAAUCUGCGCGGGGAGAUGUUCAUCUUGGAGAAGGGCGAGUACCCUCGCUGGGACACCUGGUCCAGCAGCUACCGCAGCGACUGCUUCAUGUCCAUGCGCCCCAUCAAGAUGGAGGCCGAGGACCAUAAAAUCACCCUCUUCGAGUCUGCCGACUUCAAGGGCAACAAAAUGGAGAUCCAGGAGGACGACGUGCCCAGCCUGUGGGCCCACGGCUUCUGCGACCGCGUGGGCAGCGUCAAGGUGUCCAGUGGAACCUGGGUCGGGUACCAGUACCCUGGCUACAGGGGCUACCAGUACCUCUUUGAGCGCGGGGACUUCCGGCACUGGAACGAGUGGUCUGCCUUCCAGCCCCAGAUCCAGUCCAUCCGCCGCAUCAGGGACCUGCACUGGGACCGGAAGGGCACCUACGACACCCCCGAGGCCCCCUCCAACUGAGCACACUUGCCGCUAGCUGACGCACCCCGGGCCAUGUAGCACCUUGACAUUCCCGCUCCCCUAGGGGAGCACCCCCCUUGCUCCCGCGCGCUCCCCGCACCCCCGGCACUUUCCUUGUACAGUGCACAC